GGGGAAAUGUGGCUAGAAGUGAAGAGACUUGAAAGUGCCAUAAUCCUACAUGAAUAAUCCAGUGAAAAUGAAAGCCAAAAGUGCGAUUGUGUUGAUAUUAUUUUUGGGAAUUUUAAACAAUUCCAGAGCCACGCAAAAGUCGCAGCAGCUUGGUCAGCCGCUUAUACAAUUAAGUCACGAUAACACUGAAGACGAUUAUCCCGAUAGCAAGGAUGAGGUGCAUUUGGAAGACUUCUUUUGGACUGGUUCUGGUGAUGGGCCCCCGGACUUCCUCAAAAAGGUUCACACAGGAAUAACUAAGGGAAAGGAUGUGAUUGUCAAGACGGAAACGGUGGUGGCCACCGUCUAUGUGGAUGGUAAUAAUGAAAUUGACAUUCCCAUUUGCAUUGACUGCAAGCCGGAUGAUGGCGGAGGCACCUGGGAAAUGGGGCCUGGAAUGCCGCCCCUUAAUUAUUCGGCAACCGAUCGACGAUAUUGGUUGCUUACAGUUAUGUCAGGAUUUUAUACAGCCAAGGAUAACCCCUUACUGGAGGAGAAGCUGGCGCGACUAUAUCGGCUGGCUUUUACGAGACAACAAACCCGGCAUUUGGGCAUAAACGGAGCUCAGCAAAUCGAGGGCGUAAAUGUGCCAGCCAAUCGAGAACGUCGAAAAUCAAUUACUGAUAAUCCGCCAACUACGACAGGAUCCCCUUCGGAUGACGUGGAGUUGCUGGACAUGCCGGAGGAUAACGAGCCCUACAUAAAGACCGUGAGGAGGCUGGGUGAGGAUACUGAAUGGUCUAGUAAUUCCGAGGAACAGGAACCGGACGUAUCCGAUGAAAGUUUACCCAUUGGGGUCACGCAAUCGACCAGCACGGAGAACAUCGAUUAUGGGGCAUUCGUUACCCUGAUCCCCUGGGAGCUCAUACAGCAGAAUGGGAAAUCGGAAAAAUUGAGGGAAGUGCACGAACCUUUGUUGACGAAACAACCGCAUCUAGAACAACAAAAACAACAACAACAGCAACAAUCAUUUUAUAGGGACGAGCGUGUUAGAGUUGUCAUACACAACCUGACGCAAAUUAGCGAGGCGGAUGUGCAAAAGUGGAGCACCGCCAGCACUGAGGAAAGCAACUACGUCAACCUCAAAUUCAGCAACGAGCGACCUGUGGCCAAUCAAACCGAGUUGAUUUACACUGUUUUGGUAAAUGGUCGUCCUAUUUUGGCCACAACUGCUGCCAAGGAUAUGGAACUGGUCAGCGAAGAUGAGGCGGUAAAGGCAUUUGGACAGGCUGUCUAUAUGAAAUCGGAACCUUAUAUUAGAGAGCCCACGGCUACAGCUUUGGCGCCAGUUCCUCGAAGUGGGCAGGCUGGUUUCUUCAAUUCGGUUAAAAAUAAUGUGGCUCUGGUGGUUAUUAGUUCCUUGGCCAUCCUCUUGUUAAUGCUACUACUGGUGGCUGUUUUGCUUUUGGGAAGAACACGGGCCCAGCAAAGAGAACUCAGCGCAGUCAACAGAACCACUUCCCGCAAUGAACUACUCUCUGAAGGCACUUCCAUGCGUCCAACUACAGGCGAUAGAAGCGAGGAGGCUCCAACUCCGGGACACUCUAGAUCCUCGGGCGGUGUUCGGAAUUUCUCCUACGAAAGGGAACCAAGGAUAACCUUCCCUGCACCACCGGCGGAAACUAGAUCUCGAAGGGAUUCAUUGUCCUCCUCCACGGACAACACUUCUGAUUCUUCCGUGUACUGUCCCAUCAAUCCGCCGAGUGCUGACGUGCAGAGGAUCCUGGACGAUAAGGCAGCCCGCCUGUUUGAUGGCCACAAGAGACGACAUCAGUACGACAGAGCUGAGGGUCAUGAGGAGACGGUCUACACAUCUGUGGUGUCCGAGAAAAAGGGCGAUAAGUCAAGACACAAGUCGAGGAGGCGCUAUUUGAAUGAGAACCGUGUGGGGUCAUUGGAAACGAGUCCUGUUCAAGGAUCCCUGGCCGGCCGUUCUUCGUCGAUAGAAAAUUCACCGGAGACCCUGCGCCGGAGUUACGAGAACUUUCAAAGGAACGAGGCCUACAAUCCGCACAACAACUAUCACCGAAACAAGUUGCUUGUCCAAAAAUCAGGCAGUGGCAUUUCCCCGGAGGCCAUAAACAAGGAAAUAAUCAGGACACUGCAGCCAUCCGACAAGUCCUCCGAUACUGCCAGUGUUGGCUCCUUCCUAUCGAUGGCUUCCGUGCGAGCUUUUCCCAAGGGUAAUCUGCCGGAGCCGCUGAAUCGCGUCCUGGAUCCUGUUUUCGUAACCUACUACGAUAAUGUUAACGCCGUGGCCGGAGCAUCGCACCACUCGACGCGAUCCCUGAGAUCUCACAAGUCUCUUGGCAACAAGGACCCCAACAGCACUAUCGCCACCAUAGCCAGCUUCCCGAGUCCGAAGGCUCCACCAUCCAGCGUACGGAAUGUUCGUUCCGCCUCCCACAGCGAUAAUCCGGAUCCGGGCGUGGUCGGUCCUGUGGUCUGGGAGAGGCACAAGAAGAAGCACAGCCAGGAGGCCCUGACCUACGCGGACUAUAAUGCCAGUCCGGUGCACAAUCCUUCGGCCAUAAGAACCCACUACGAGGGCCUACUGGAGGGCGCCCUGCAGAUGUACUCCAGCCAGGACGACAUUCCCAUGCCCCUGCCCACCCAGAACUUUACCAACAAUCGCCGAGCCACGAAAAGGGAGCACCGUGGGUCCUCGGCGGGACUGCCCAGUUUCCAACCGGCGGCUAGCAUCCGGGCAGCUGCCGAUCGUCCGGCCACCGCUCAGCCGGAAAAGACGAGCAAGUCGGCGCAGUCCACUCAACCACCGUCGCCGUCGUACAGCGCCUGGGGUGGUGGGAGCAUAUAUAGCUCCCACUCGACCUUAAACCGACCGCUGAUCGCAGGACCCAUUCACAGAGUGGACCACCAGAUGGACCUAUCCAGAGGAGGAGGCGAAGAGGCCACAAAUGCCAGUGCGGGAACUGGGACAGCGCCACUUAUCGAGGCCAUUCAAAGCGAGUUGCGAAGAUUUAGGCAACAGCAGGAGUAAAUCCGAACAGCUUUAGAUCCUUAAUUUGUCAUCAUCAUCACGAACAAGAAAAUAAUGUACCACAAGUGUUUGCAAUUCAUUUAGAAUAAACUUUUCGUAAUACUCCA